AUGGAGAUGAGUUCAAGCUCUGUUGGGGGUUCUGCAGCCCGCGGCUCCAAUGACUCCCUCCAUGGCCUUACGUUCGGCAAGAAGAUUUAUUUUGAGGAUGGGGUUGGUGGUGGAGGUGGAGGUGGCAGCAGCAAGGCACCGCCGGCUCCGCCAACGGCGGCCCCGAAGAAGGGGAAGACAGUGCUCCAAAGAGGGCAGCAGCAGCCACCGCCCAGGUGCCAAGUGGAGGGGUGCGAAGCGGAUCUGACUAAGGUCAAGGCCUACUACUGUAGACACAAGGUCUGUGGAAUGCACUCCAAAUCCCCCAGGGUGAUGGUUGGGGGCAUGGAGCAGAGGUUCUGUCAGCAGUGCAGCAGGUUUCACCAGUUAGCUGAAUUUGACCAAGGGAAACGCAGUUGUCGUAGACGUCUGGCUGGGCAUAAUGAGCGUCGAAGGAAGCUGCCUCCUGGUUCUUUCGCAUCACGCCACGGCCUAUCCUUCCAUGGACCUAGUAGAUUCAGAAACUUUGUAAUGGACUUCAGCUGCCCAAAAAUUUCCAGUACUGCAAGAAAUGUUUGGCCGACUGCUAGGCCCGGCAAUCAGGUGGCUAGUAACCAAUGGCAUGGGUUCGUAGAUUCUUCGUCGGAUGCAGCUGCAGCUGCAGCGUGCAGUGCUCAUCGAUACUUGCAGGGUUCUCCAGGCCAGAUUCUCUACUCUUCCCCAGAACCUUCGCUGGGCGAGUGUCUCGGAGGAGCCUCGGAUGCUAGCUGUGCUCUCUCUCUUCUGUCAUCUGAGCCAUGGGGCAGCCGCACUACCAGAAGUAAAGUUCCACCAACUGUUUCGGCCAGCAGCGGCUUUAACUCCGCCUCCUCGGCUCACUCGAUCGUCUCCGCUAAUCACACGGCCGAGUCAUGGGGACUCAGAGAUCAUGGAAGCAGGAACAGCUCGCAGGAACUCCGGCAUGAGGCAGGAACAGCAAGGGUCAAUUUGGCCGGUGGUGCACUUUUUUCCGGCCAGCUGGAGUUGGCUCUGCAGGGGAACGGGCAGUGCCUUGGCCAUGGCUCGGGCAGGGAAUACGAUCACUCAGACCAUGUGAUCCACUGGUCUCUCUAGCCUCUGUGAUCUCUCUUCUCCAAGAAUUUUGAGUUCAAUGUGUUGAAACAUCAGCAUCAGGCAUCACAUGGAGUUUCUGCAUUUCAAGUUUGUUUCCUCGAAGAUGUUGAUCACAUGCUAUCUAUUUUCUGUA